UGAUGUCAUGCAGUAGAGCAGUAGAGCUGGUGCUGAAGCUGCGCGGCACAAACGGCCAAACAGCAGCGCACAGCGAGGAGAGCGAACCGCGGACCCCCAGGAUCAGUGAAGAGCUCAUCAGAGCCUGCAGUCGCGGCCGGAACCCAAGCAGACAUGACUCUCGCAGCGUACAGAGAGAAGAUGAGAGAGCUCCCCCUGGUGUCCCUCUUCUGCUCCUGCAUCCUACCAGAGCCUAAAGAGAAACCCUCCAAAAACACACCGCAAGGUGUGGUGGACCUGAACUUGUGCAUUAUUAAAGACAUGGAGGUGAUAGAGCUGAAUAAGCGUGCAUCCGGCCAGGCCUUCGAGGUCAUCCUCAGACCCCCAUCGUUCGACGGCCAGCGCGAGUUCCACCCCACCAUCCCUCCUCGCCGGGACCCCUCAUUGGAGGAGAUCCAGAAGAAACUGGACGCGGCAGAGGAACGGAGAAAGUGCCAGGAAGCGGAGCUGCUGAAGCACCUGGCCGAGAAGAGAGAGCAUGAGCGCGGAGUCGCUCAGAAAGCGAUAGACGAGCAAAACAACUUCAUCAAGAUGGCCAAGGAGAAGCUGGAGCAGAGGAUGGAGAUCAACAAAGAGAACAGGGAAGCUCACAUCGCCGCCAUGCUGGAGCGUCUUCAGGAGAAGGACAAGCACGCUGAGGAGGUGAGGAAAAAUAAGGAGCAGAUGGAGCUGGACUGGCAGUAGAGUGUGGUGCAGGACAGAGCUUGUGUUGUCAUUUUAUUACAUGGAGAACAUGCCGCAAAUUCAGGCCCUCCGGGUCUCUGUUCCGAUGUAAAAAUGGCACACGGUGUCUGUGGAAGAGGAAGUGUGGUUCUGCAGCGUUGGCUUCACCGCCCUCCACAGUGACCUACACUAAAAAACUGCUGGGGCUCCACUUUGACGUUUUCAGGCUCCAGAAAGACCCCAGAAAUAAUGGAUUAUUGUGAUAACGAGCAAACAGCCCCGUUUUUAUUUACCAGUCAAACAAGCCCAUUCAUUACCCAGAAUAGUUUAGACGCCCCCUAAACGCCACCCGUAGCUCGUAGCCCUGAGCAGCUUUGCAUGUUUUGACGGAGAGGCAAACGAAGCUGGACUGGACUUGAUGUGACGUGUAUUUGUGAUUUGUGAAGACUGGCCCUAGAUGUUUGUGUACCCCUGUUUUGUGUACUGAUCUGAUGGGUGCUGUGAGCUUUUGUGUAUCUGUGCUUUUGUUUUUGCCACCCGGCUGCUUCAGAGGAUGUACAGUGUACGCUGUGUAUAACUUUAAAGGACCCCUUCAGCCUUUUUCAACCCAAUCCCUGCCCGUAUUACUUGAAAAGAGGAGAAAACCUGUCGGAUCAAUACGCACCUAUGAUAGAAAAGUCAGUGGGCAGUAAUUUUGUGAAUUAACAUUUGAAACAUGUGAAUAUGCUUCACUUGCAUCUGCUUAAAACGGCAGGUGUCAGUCCUGCUUUAGCCGCACAGAUGUGAUGCGACAGAUUUCAUUUCUUAUCAAAGCGGUUUGGUGCAAUUUCCCAACACUGGGGCAGCACUGGUAAAAAGUAGUUCCGGUUACUUUCCCUUUUGUACCAAGCUGUUAAAAAUUCCUCCCUCUGGGAAACUAAUCCCACUUCUAAAAGGACCCUUUACUGAUUCACAGCUUACUUUACAAACAGCUUUGGCUGAAGAAUUAGUUAAAGAGUUUAGACUCUAUUCAACAACUGCCCAUUGACUUCCAUUCAUUCCUAAGCAAAUUCUGAGUCGACACAUUUUCUUUCCCAAAAUUAGGAAAACAUUUUUAAAGCUUAUGGUUUGUGGGAAUCGACCAUACGCUACACUGUUUAAAAGAUACGGUCCCUGAAGAACUAUAAAGCGUUCUUUGCAUGGCGAAGUGGUUCUUCAGAUGGAGAACGUGUUGAAUGAGAUCCUAUAUAGCACCAAAACAGGAAUGUCACACUUGGAACAAUAGAAGAUUCUGUAUAGAAGCGAAUACAGCACGUUCUCCCUGGAUCUGAAGGAACAUUUCACCAUGCAAAGAAACAUUAAAGAACGCAGGUGGUUCUUUGAGUGUUCAUGGUUCUAUAUAGGGCCAUUAUCUUUACUAAAGAACCCUUGAAGAGCCAUCUUCUUUACUCUAAGAGUGUACAGACACAGCUGAUAGAGAUUCUGUUGAAAAAAAUUGCUGAAAGUUUUCCUUUAAAUGGACAUAUUCCCGACAUGUGAUGGUGAUUUUAAUGCUUGCAUGCUGCAAUUAUAACCGAUAAAGUGUGUGAAAAUCCGUU